AUGAGUGCACCAGCCUAUUAUGAACUCUAUAGAAGAUCAACUGUCGGAGUCACAUUAACCGACGCAUUAGAUACCCUAAUCUCUGACGAAAAAAUCCAACCACAAUUAGCCAAUAGAAUCCUUAACAAUUUCGACCGAAUAAUUUCCGACAAUUUAAAGGGGGAUACGAAUAUUGCAAGAUCGAAAUUGACAUUCAAAGGUGAUUUGGAUACUUAUAGGUUUUGUGAUGAUGUUUGGACGUUUAUUAUUAAGAAUGUUUUGAUUAAGUUGAGUGAUUUAAGUAGUGGUGGUGUUGAUAGUGGAAGUAAUGCUACGGUGGAUACUGAGAUUAAUGUGGAUAAGUUUAAGAUUGUGGCUUGUAAUUCAAGAAAAGCAGGUGAUAUAUAA